CAUGAUGAUUCUUGCUGUGGCCUUUCCGUGGUUGUGACCUCGGCUGGGGAGUGCUGACCGAGACCAGUGUAUUCCUCCUAUCUUUGUCCGGGUUAGCGGCCGAUCAGAGAGAGCCUGAUUGAUUUUUCGGGAGGGUUGCAUUGCGGUCAACGGAUUUGUUCUAACAGUGAACAGCAAAUAUUGCAGAGAUAUGAAUGAACACCCUAAGAAACGAAAAAGAAAAACCCCCUUCCCGUCCCGCUAUGCUGGGCAGGUUGCCACUGAAACAUCUCCUGAUGUUUCGGUUCCAGUCAAAACAUUAGAAAACAAUGGAAUAUUCUUUGAUCAUUGUUAUAGUGUAUGUUCCAUAGUACAACAAGAUCACAAGGUUCCAGAAAUUGAAGAGGAGCCCACUGCUAAUGGAGACAAUAGGGAAGUGUGUGAGUCUCCAACAUUAAUUCCACAGCCAGUCCAUGAAGAUGCAAUAGUGGAAAUUCACACUGAAGAGCCUGAGAGUGUACCUUCACCUGUCAAUGAGGAGGAAAUCAAGGACACCCAACUUCAGAUUAAUGAAAGUCCUGAAAGCAGUCCUUCUUCUAACUUAACUGCACCCCAGAAGUGGCCUCUACUACGGGCUAAUAGCAGUGGCCUAUUUAGAUGCGAGCAGUGUGAUUUUAACAGCAAGUACUUCUCUGAUCUAAAGCAGCACAUGAUUCUGAAGCACAAGUGCACAGAAUCUCACAUCUGCAAAGUAUGUAAACAAAGUUUCUCAAGUGAUGAUUUACUUUUGGACCAUGGAAAGGUUCAUGAGGAGGACCAGCUGAGCUGUAAGCACUGUGACUUUAAGACCAAUGCCUUUGAAAGCCUCAGUCAACAUGUAGCAGAUGCUCACUUCAAUGAUUUCCUAUACUGGUGUGAACAGUGCGACCUGCAGUUUUGCACAAGCAGCGAACUGUACCUGCACUUUCAGGAGCACAGCUGUGAUGAACAGUACCUCUGCCAGUUCUGUGAACAUGAGACCAACGACCCAGAAGAUCUUCACAGCCAUGUGGUAAACGAACAUACCUGCCGACUAAUAGAGCUGAGUGACGCCUAUAAUAAUGGAGGACGAGGACAGUUCAGUCUUUUAAACAAAAUUAGCUUUGAUAAGUCCAAAAACUUCUUUGUUUGCCAAGUAUGUGGCUUUAGCAGCCGACUCCACACAAAUGUGAAUAGGCAUGUAGCAAUAGAGCAUACACGUUUCUAUCCACAUGUUUGUGAUGACUGUGGAAAAGGCUUUUCUGGUAUGUUAGAGUACAGUGAGCAUUUAAAUUUACAUUCUUCUGAAGGCGUCUACCUGUGCCAGUAUUGCGAAUAUUCCACAGGUCAGCUGGAAGAUCUGAAAACACACUUAGAUUUUAGGCAUUCUACAGAUAUGCCCCACAAAUGUAAGAACUGCCUUCUGAGAUUUGGAUCAGAGAACGAACUUAAAAGUCACCUUCAGACCCAUGAGAGAACAUGAUCAUAUUGGUGGGGAAUUAGUUGUGGUUUUCGUGUCAUUGUGUCUACAAAAGACAAAACUUUGAAACUGUUGGUAAUCUUAGAGGUCUGUCAAAUUAUAAAUAUGUGAAUUUCUCGUGUAGUUUUUGUGGAUAAAGAAGCCAACUUGAUUCACAUGUUUAUUGCUGGAUGAAUUGCCAGCAAAUAUACAUAGAUUUCAUUAUGUAUAAGAAAACUUGUUUGAUCUUGCUGAUUCGUUGUAAAAUGUACGUUCAUUCUUGGAUAAUAAUUAUAUUUACUAAAUAAUGAAUUCAGUGCUCCUGAUGUGAUUGCAGUUGUUUACUUUUUAAAUCAAGCAAUGCAAUCCCUUAAUAAAACACACGGUGCAUGCUAGUUGGUAUUAAAUGUCUGUGCCUGCUGUGUUUAUCAUUUGCUUUUUGUUUUGGUGUUAGGAAAUCUUGUUUGUGUGUAAAUAACUCUGCGUGGUCAUUCUGGCCAGAAAACAAAAUAUUUGAAGCCAUCAGACUACCUGGAUUUUGGGUUUUUUCUGGAGUUAUGUAGAGGGGAACUUUUUUUUUUUCCUGAUAUUUUUUUUUAAAUGCCUUGCUGGUUUCCUGGGUGGGUGGAGGCAUUCCUUUAAAUAAAAGGCCACAUUGCAUCAAAUUAAUGACAAAUUUUAUUAUGUAUUUGGAAAAUACAGUUUGUACCAAAUACACUAUGGUAAUUUACUCUUAAAUAUUUGGGACCAUGUAUUUUCUCAGUGAAGUUAAAAUCAAGAAAUGCACUCUAUGCUGUACAACAUCAUACAGUUAAAUGGUUAUGAAAAGCAGGGACUGUUUGUAUUGUAUAAUUCCCUCUAAUUUGUUUGGAUUCAGUCCCAGAAGUCUGAGAUUACUGUAAAAUCUAUUUAUAAAAUGUAACACAUUCUAUCUGAUACUGAUGGUUUGACAGAAAUAUGUAAAAUGUCAUUUUCAAAUAAAAAGAUAAAACUUG